AUGCUCCUCUUCAUCGCUCCACACUUGGUUUCGAGAAGAGCCAGUCAUUCCUCAUUCAGGCGCCACCUCAUCGCCCCUGGUCCUCCCCAUCAGCCCCCCUACACCAGUAAUCCUCUGGGCCGUGGUGCUGACAAGAUUCCCUCUGGUACAGACGGCUGGAUGGAGUACGUUCCCCUCUCGGACAAGAGGAACCUCUCUUUUGUUGUUCAGCAGCCACUCAAAGAAGGUGGCCCCUUGGUGUACGACAGCGUGCAGCUGGUGCAGAACUCUGCGGCCUUGAAUGGGACCCAGCGGGUGCUGCUGGAUCAUGUUAUAUCUGAGGAUGAGUGUGCGGAGCUCACACACCUGGCACAUGCUGUCACCAUGGCAGGAGACGGUUACAGAGGGAAGAUGUCUCCACACACUCCCAACGAGAAAUUCGAAGGAGCUACUGUUUUCAAAACCCUACAGUACGGCUACGAGGGCAGAGUGCCGAUGAAAAGCGCUCGCCUCUUCUACAACAUUAGCGAGCGAGCGAGACGCAUCACAGAGUCCUACUUCCUGCUCAACUCCACGCUGCACUUCUCCUACACACACCUAGUGUGCCGCACGGCCAUCACAGGCCAACAAGACCACAGAAACGACCUGAGCCAUCCCAUCCAUGCUGACAACUGUCUGCUGGACCCUGAGGCCAAUGAGUGCUGGAAGGAACCACCGGCCUACACCUACAGAGACUACAGUGCACUGUUAUAUCUAAAUGGAAAUUUUGAAGGAGGGGAGUUCAUAUUCACAGAGAUGGAUGCCAAAACAGUCACAGCCUCAGUGAAGCCCAUGUGCGGCAGGAUGGUGGGUUUCUCGUCAGGGGGGGAGAACCCUCACGGUGUGAAGGCCAUCACCAGUGGGCAGAGGUGUGCUGUGGCCCUGUGGUUCACUCUGGAUCCACUCUUCAGAGAACUGGAAAGACUCCAGGCAGAUGAGGUGAUCCAGGCACUGGACACACAGUCUGUGGGGGGUCAGGGCCUCAACAUCAACCCUAAAGAUGAACUGUAGAAACAGAGGAGCUGCCCCCACCUCCCAAAAUCAAAUCAUUCUAUAUAUUUUAACUAUUUAUUGAAUGACUUUUGGAUCAGAUCAUUUCUAUUUUUGUACUGUUUGAAGUGCAAGAUCAAUA